AUGGCGCAUCAAGCUAGGAUGGUUAUGCAACUGAGAGGUUUGGAUACGGGUGUUGCUGGUGAUGUCAGCGGAGUGCUACGGAUUAGUAGAGGGGGUGGAUGGGUUCCAGAAGUAGGGAUUGUAAAUAAAGAUCAGAGCCAUGACCAUUCAAGCUUAGAAGAGAAGGAGGUAUUAUAUUUUGUACAAGGAGAUGGUGCGGCUCGCGUUUUCGAGAGAGGCGAGUGA